AUGUACACCAUUAUUAAUAUUAAUAUCAAUGCAAUAUGUAUAAGAAUGUUCAUGUUCUUACUUAUUCUAAAUGUAACCAUGUGUUACAUAACCCAUAAUCAAAAUGAUAUUUUAUCAGAUUGGAAUGUCAUAGAUGAUGAUCAUGAUCAAGAUCAAAAUGAAAUGUAUAUUAUGAAACUACCAAUACAUAUAACACAAAAUCCAUCACAACCAUUGAUCAAAUCUAUGCCAUCUUCUUAUUGGAGUUAUUAUUUUACUGAAGGUGAACCAAAACGAAAUGGACAUUAUUCACAACGUUUAGGAAAAUAA